UGUAUGGAUUCACCGCAAGUGGCCAGAUUAGAGUUCUCGAUAGAACACAGCUUCUAGUAGCUCUUUGGUAUUUGAUCGCUGCAAUCAUCAUGUAGUUACCGUUGUACGGAACAAGCUGCUACUGUCUCACCACUCAAUACGGUGGUUUAAUGUCCAAAAUUUCGAUUUUUAUUUUUUCCCGUAUCGCCCAGACCUAGUCCUGAAGAAAUUAGUGGUGAAGAUUUGGUGGUUUUAUCCCAUUUUAGAGGUUUUCUUGAAGACAUGUCUCCUAUCUCUAGAUGAUUGUUGAAAUGCUGACCAGGUCUCACUGUUACACAACGUCACUGACCAUGAACAAGAUGAAGAAGCUGCCUGAGCAGAUCCUGAAUCACAUCCUGGAGAUUCUCUACCUGCUGACGGGAGAGCGUGUGACUAACUCACUGACAGCGAGUGACAUGACCGGGGACAAGAUGACAGCAGAGAGGAUACUGACCCACACCCUGCAGAUCAUGUACCUGCUGACAGGGGAGGUGCCUAUAAAGUGUGAUGAUGUUGCUGUGUAUUUCUCUAUGGAAGAGUGGGAGUAUAUAGAGGGACACAAGGAGCUUUACAAGGACGUCAUGAUGGAGACUCACCAAGCACUAAGGACUAUGGAGAUCCCAGGAAACGAGAGCUCAGGUCACAGUGAUGAAAAUCUAGACACAGGAGCAUAUGGAGAACGUGUACAGAAUAUUCAGCCAGUGGAGACCCCAUCAGACAUGGCUGCAGGUGAAAACGAUACUAAGAUUUCAGUUAAGAUGGAAGAAACAGAAGAUGAGUGGCUAAGAUAUGUGCCUGAAGUUCCACCGCUGGAAAUAUACAGCAAUAUUAAUACAGGUGAAAACGAUACUAAGAUUUCAGUUAAGAUGGAAGAAACAGAAGAUGAGUGGCUAAGAUAUGUGCCUGAAGUUCCACCUCUGGAAAUAUACAGCAAUAUUAAUACAGGUGAUGUUAAGACUGAAGUUACACUUAAUGCUGAACAAAUGAAUGAUCUGUUUGUAAACAUAAAACUGGAAGCUGUGAAGCAGGAAAUCAGUGACAAUAUCAGUACAGGGGAAUUUAUAAACUGCAAUAAUCCUGGUUAUUGUCAAAGUGUUGACACUUCUUCCAGUCUUCUAUACAAUCUAAGAAGCCGCAUCGGAAAUUUAUCUUCUGAAUCUGGAAAAUGUUUUACCUUGAAAUCAGCUCUUAGUAAUCAUAUGAAAAUUCACACAGAAAAGAAAGUAUUUCCAUGUUCUUAUUGUGGGAAAUGUUUUACUCAGAAAUCAAAUCUUAGUAAUCAUCAGAAAAAUCAUUCAGGAGAGAAAGCAUUUUCAUGUUCUUACUGUGGGAAAAUGCUUUACUCAGAAAUCAAGUCUUAUUAAUCAUAAGAAAAAUUCAUACUGGAAAGAAAGCAUUUUCAUGCUCUGAAUGUGGUAAAGGUUUUACUCUUAAAGGAAAUCUUAUUAUACAUCAGAAAAUUCAUAUAGGAGAAAAGCCGUUUUCAUGUUCUGACUGUGGGAAAUCUUUUACUCAAAAAGGAAAUCUUGUUGUUACAUCAGAAAAAUCAUACAGGAGAGAAACCAUUUUCAUGUUUUGAUGUGGGUAAAUGUUUUACUCACAGAGCAAGUCUUAUUACACAUGAGAAAAUUCACACAGGAGGGAAGCCAUUUUUAUGUUCUGUCUGUGGGAAAUAUUUUACUCUGAAAGGACAGCUUGUUGCUCAUCAGAAAAUGCAUACAGGAGAAAAGCCAUUUUCAUGUUCAGAAUGUGGAAAAUCUUUUAUUCAGAAAGCACACCUUAUUAUACAUCAGAAUCUUCAUACAGGAGCGAAAGCAUUUCCAUGUUCUGAAUGUGGUAAAUGUUUUACUUUAAAUUCAAAUCUUAUUAUGCAUCAGAAAAUUCAUAUAGGAGAAAAGGCAUUUUUUUGUUCUGACUGUGGGAAAUCUUUUACUCAGAAAGCACAUCAUAGUAAACAUCAGAAAAUUCA